AUUUCUUGUAGAUUCCAUUUACGGUGGCUUUUAUCUCAUCCAUCUACAGUUCUUGCAAAACACAUAUUUGUCGUUUUUGCAUAUUCCCAUUACAUCGCUGUCUCUCUUCUCAUUUUAUACAUACAUGUCCUUAACCUCUCAUAGCAUAACAUAUUUUCAACUCUUUCCUUUAUCAUCAAUCCCUAAACCCAAUAAUAGCAAAACACCAAUAACAAACAAUCAUGUCUUCACUCACAAAUUUUUUGUUCCAAAACACCUACAUAAAAGAUUGGUUCAGUGGUGACAUCACAACAACACUCAUCGUACCAUUCUUAAUAAUUACCACAGUAACUUGGUAUUUUUACCUCUUCUUCAUCAAAUCCAAAGCCCAGAAACUUCCACCAGGCCCACCGGGCCUUCCUUUCUUCGGUAACCUCCUAUCUCUCGACCCAGAACUUCACACUUACUUCGCAAGCCUGGCCCAAGCCCACGGUCCAAUUUUCAAACUCUGGCUCGGUAGCAAACUCGGAAUCGUGUUAACUUCACCUACGACGGCGCGUGAGGUGUUAAAAGACCACGACACCGUUUUCGCCAACCGUGAUGUCCCCGCCGCCGGUAGAGCCGCCACAUACGGCGGCACGGAUAUAGUAUGGAGCCCGUAUGGACCAGAAUGGAGGAUGCUGAGAAAAGUCUGUGUCCUCAAGAUGCUUAGCAACACGACUCUUGACUCCGUUUACGAGCUCCGGCGCGGUGAAGUUCGAAAAGCGGUCGGGUCUAUUUAUAAUCGGGUCGGGUCGACGGUGAAUAUUGGGGAGGAAGUUUUUCUGACGGUUUUGAAUGUGAUUACUACCAUGAUGUGGGGUGCGGCGGUGGAAGGGGAAGAGAGGGUAAGUAUAGGGGUGGAGUUCAGGGAGACGGUGGCGGGAAUUGUACAUCUUUUGGGGAAACCGAAUUUGUCGGACUUUUUUCCCGGGUUGGCCCGAUUUGAUUUACAAGGUGUGGUGAAAGAGAUGAAUAAGUUAGCUCCACGUUUUGAUAGGAUAUUUGAAAAAAUGAUUGGUGAACGUGUGAAGAAAGAAGGGGAGGGGAAAGAAAAUGAAAGUAAGGAUUUUUUGCAGUUUUUGUUGAAUUUGAAGGAUGAGGGUGAUUCUAAGACACCAUUCACAAGCACCCAUGUUAAGGCUCUACUCAUGGACAUGGUUGUGGGUGGAUCAGACACAUCCUCCAACACAAUUGAGUUUGCAUUGGCAGAAAUGAUGAACAACCCAGAAGUAAUGAAGAAAGUUCAAGAGGAGUUAGAAGCUGUGGUUGGAAAAGAUAACUUGGUAGAAGAGUCUCACACUCAUAAGUUACCUUACUUACAUGCAGUGAUGAAAGAAACACUUCGUUUGCACCCAGCACUUCCACUUUUAGUCCCUCAUUGUCCAAGUGAAACCACCAAUGUUGGAGGCUACACAAUUCCAAAGGGAUCUCGUGUGUUUGUGAACGUUUGGGCUAUUCAUAGAGACCCUUCCAUUUGGGAGAACCCACUAGAAUUUGAUCCUACAAGGUUCUUGGAUGGUAAAUGGGAUUACAGUGGAAAUGACUUCAAUUAUUUUCCAUUUGGUUCUGGGAGAAGGAUUUGUGCCGGAAUAGCAAUGGCUGAGAGGACUGUUUUGUACUUUAUAGCUACCCUUGUGCACUUGUUUGAAUGGACUAUACCACAAGGAGAAAAGUUGGAGGUAUCAGAGAAAUUUGGUAUUGUUCUUAAAAAGAAGACACCUUUGCUUGCCAUACCCACGCCGCGACUUUCCAAUUCAGAGCUUUAUAAAUAGAAUUGAAUACUAUACUCAAUGUUUAUAUUGUCAUAUAGGCAAUUAGUACAGUGGGAAAAUGUUGUCUAUAUUCUACAAUAUUUGAUGUUUGAAAAUCGAUCAUAUAUUGGAUGAUGAUUGACAUCGCAAUCUUUGAGUAAAAGUUCAAGUCAUUAUGUCCUUAUGGAUGAGAUAGUAACUUGGCCGGUGUUGAUUGAAACCAAAUAUAAAUCGAGUUUCGAGAUACUUGCAUAUGAUUUUCCUAUGUUUUUAGUUGAACUGGCGACACUGAUUGUGCAUGGCCUCAAUUGUGAGGACGGGUAAUAUAAUGAACUUUUACUGAACGGAGAGCAUUAUUGGUCGUUGUAAAAGGUUUGAACGAUUUUCAAGCAUCUGUGAUCAUUGUAGAUCAUAUGAAAAGUUUUCCACCUUAGAAACCAGCUAUCAUAUAGUGAUCAAGGGGAGCUGGAUUCACCACUCAAUGUUAGUAAAUAGUAUAAUCAUUUGCUAUUUAUGCAUCACGUAUUUUUCUAAGCGUA